AUGUCUGAAAAACGGAAAAAACUGGAAGAGCUUGCAGCCAAGAGAAAGGCAGAGCAGGCAGACGAGACUAAUCAAAAUGUGUUUUUGAUACCGCUGUAUGCAUUAUUCAACGUAAUUACAUCUUCUAGUGGAACUUCCGCUGGACCUUCCAAGAAAAUCUCAGCUGGAGGGACAAUGCGCUCUUCAGCUAAACCAGCUGCGGCUCCACCCCGUACAAAUGCUAAGCCUUUUAGUGGUCGUCGGCUGAACGAGGAUGAUUAUGAUGAAGGAGAUGGCUUUAUAGUGGAUGAUGACGAAGAUGAGGUUACAACAUCCUCGAGCGAUUCAGAAGACUAUACAUCGGAGCCAUCUGGUUCUGAUGAAGCAUUGUCCAAGAAGAGAAAGAAAUCUGGCUCGACGAGAUCAAGGAAGAAAAUUAAAGGGAAGCCUAAGAAGAAAGUAUCGAGUGAUGAUGAAUCGGAUGAUGUAAUGAGACAAAAGCAAAAGUCAAGGACGGUUGACGAUGAAGUCUAUGAUAGUGAUGAAAUAAAACAAGAUGCUGCAGAUCUAGAUGCUUCCAACAUUAUAACUGGUGGCAGAAGGACAAGAGGAAAGAAAAUAGAUUUUUCCGUUUUUGGUCCAGAUCCAGAAGACGAAUGA